UUUUUUUUUUAGAGCACUUCCGGGUCCAAUCUGUGUCAACCCGAGAGAGCACAGCAGCCGUUACCGAUGUGCUAAAAACACUGGGAUUAAAGACUGGAGGAUCGAACCCAGGCCGCGACGCACCGAACACGCACCAUGGCGACCACCAUCAGCACCCAGCGGGGACAGGUGUACGUUGGGGAGCUCCCCCAGGACUUCCUUCGGAUCGCCCCCACACAGCAGCAGCAGCAGGUCCAGCUGGACGCUCAGGCAGCCAGGCAGCUGCAGUUUGGAGGCUCCAUUGGCACCGUGGGGCGACUCAGCAUCACCGUGGUCCAGGCCAAGUUGGCUAAAAACUACGGGAUGACUCGGAUGGAUCCGUACUGUAGGGUCCGACUGGGAUACGCCGUGUACGAGACACCGACGGCUCACAACGGGGCCAAGAACCCGCGCUGGAACAAGGUGGUCCAGUGCACCGUGCCUCCCGGGGUGGACUCCUUCUACCUGGAGAUCUUUGAUGAGAGAGCGUUCUCCAUGGACGACCGGAUAGCGUGGACUCACGUCACCAUCCCUGAAGGCCUGCGGCAGGGCAGCGUGGUGGACGAGUGGUUCAGCCUCAGUGGGCGGCAGGGCGACGACAAGGAGGGCAUGAUCAACCUGGUGAUGUCCUUCGCUAACUUACCAGCAGGGAUGAUGAGUCAGCCCGUGGUUCUGAUGCCGUCUGUGUAUCAGCAAGGAGUGGGAUAUGUGCCCAUUGCAGGAGUGCCCACGGUCUACAACCAGGGCAUGGUUCCCAUGGCGAUGCCGGCCGCCGUGCCAGCUGUUGGGGUCCAAGAGGCGCCGUGCAGCGAGGAGGACCUGAAGGCCCUGCAGGACAUGUUCCCCAACCUGGAUCCAGAGGUGGUCCGCACUGUGCUGGACGCACAGCAGGGCAACAAGGACGCCGCCAUCAACUCUCUGCUGCAGAUGGCUGAGGAGCUUUAACUGCAGAACACUGGCUCUCACACACACACACACACACACACACACACACAGACAUAAAGCAGUCUUUAUUCUGAGACUGUCUACUCUUUGUUCACACAUAGACUCAAAGCUGCCAUAUGUGAGCUCCUGCCCCCCCCCCCAGGGGGUGUAGGAGGUAUUAGGGCAGCUCCUGUCCGGAGGCGUGAGGGUUGCAUGGCAGCACUGUUUGAGCUGUGUUGUGUUGAGUCCAUCUUCUGUUUAAUGUUGAGGAUGUUUUUGUCUGUAGUAACCUGCAGUGAACUUCUACUGUUCCCAUGUUGCUGUAUAGUGUUUAGUGCACUGACUAUAUUUGAUAUAUAUUACAUAGCGUUCUAUAUGGUGAUGAGUUCUGAGUGAACACAUGAAGUGAGAGGUUGAGGUUUAGGACUGAAAGUCACAGUGAUCACAUCUUUAUUUUAUUGGCCAAGUUGUGAUUAAAAACCAUUUUCCAUCACUUGAUUAAGUGGAGAGCUGAAGAAUUGAUUCCUAACUUGAUGUAAUGGACACCCAAAGCAAAGCUUCACAUGUUUCAUCUUGCUCUCAACAAGACGUGAGAUUCUAACAUCCUUUAUGCCAAAGCUUUCCUUUCACACAUCUUUUCACCGUGGUUUUCGAAAACCACUUGCAUUUCGCUCUGUUAUUUUACAUGUAUUAAAUUAAAUAUUAAUGCCA